AUGGACUUGCAUAGCCCAGGCAGUUCAUCUUCCAAAAUGGAUGUGCAACAGAACAGCUCUGCCCAGUUAAACCAAGAGGGAAAUGGGAACCAACCUCAUCAAAUAACACUAACGGAGCAGGAUAUUAAAAGAAUUUAUGAACUUUGGAAGUUCUCCGUUAUAAUCAAACUAAUUGGAAAAAGAAUUCUCCACCAGUAUCUAAAAGCAAAGGUUCAAGCUUUAUGGAGGCCAUCUGAAAAUUUCUCCUUAAUAGACCCAGGAGAGGACUAUUACACGCUCCCAACCGAAUUCUAUGAUGGCAUUAUACUCACGAAAAUUGGGAAUGCUAUUGGAGAACUUCUAAAAAUCGACGCCUGUACCUCUUCUACUCUUCGAGGGCGUUAUGCACGUUUAUGUGUCCAAUUGCCACUGAAAGAAAAAGUGCAGCCCUAUAUCCUUAUUGGAUCUCACAAACAAGUUAUAUUAUAUGAAGGAGAUAAUAUUUUAUGUAAGAAUUGUGGUUUCCUUGGACAUUCAACUGCCAAAUGUACACGCAUAAUCACACACAGUACAAAUUCGACCAAUGAAGAAGGCAAAUCAGAAGAACAAACAGUUCCCAAAGGCCAUGAGUGGCAAACUGUUCCAUUUCCCAAGAAGAGGAGACCAAUACAAAAAUCAAGCAUGCAGACAAAUACCACAGCGUCAUCAAUGCCGGUAUAA